AUGUCUUCGGUAAAGCAAGCAUGUCAAGGAGUUUCUUGGUCUAUCACCAGAGGAAGACAUUCAAUUCUAAGGCUGCUUAAAGACUGUUUGCCUCCGGAGCUCCCUGCUACACUAAAUGGCGACCAUGAUAUUGUUCUUUGGAGAAACUCUCAAGAUUCUCCGCCUGGCGUUUUCUCGGCUUCAGCAUUGUGGGACUCGCACCAUCCGACUCCACCUUCUCUUUCUUGGACUAAAUCCGUUUGGUUUAAGGAUCGCAUUCCCAAGCAUGCCUUCAUCCUCUCGAUUGUCAUGAGGGACCGGCUUCUAACUAGAGAUCGGUUGAGAUCUUGGGGCAUUGCCGUUCCUGAUAAUUGCCUUCUCUGUGAUGUUUCGCCUGAAACAAGGAGUCAUCUUCUCACCGACUGUGCCUUCACAACAGAAAUUUGGAGAAGUUUCUUUGCACAUCUGGUCUUUAGGAUGCCUCAUUCAAUUGAUGACAUUGUUCUUUGGUGUCAUUCAUCAAUGGGAAAUGGGAAAGUAAACUCGAUCUGCUUGCUCUUGGUUCAGACAAUUGUUUACUGCUUAUGGAGGGAGAGAAAUGCGAGACUCCAUGCUUCGGCGGAUAAGCCAGUUCAUGUCCUGAUUAAGGAAAUCAAUCUUCUUCUUACAGAAAAACUGUUCGUGAUGGAUCGCUCAACAGCUCUUCGUGCUCCUUCAGUAAAUUCCACUGCUGCAUCACAACAAAACUCUUACCUAUACACCUGGUUCCAAUUCUUCCAACAUUAA